UGCGGUUAUGAACAUUUUUUGGAUUAUACUAGGGUCGGCCCGCCCUACGGGCGGGAUGUUUAUUUUGUAAGUUGAGAUUUAAAUUUUUAUAGAUGUAUAAUUCUAUUUAAAAACUUUUAGCAUUACAUGUCAUAUUUUAGUUAUUUUUAUUUCAGUGUUGUAUUCAUGUGAUUAAUAGAAAGAAAUCACAAUGGUCUACUGUUGAUUUUUUCUCACUACAGAAAAUUUUAAAAUUAAUAUAUUUAAUGUAUUUUGAAGUUAAUGUACUUUUUAAAUUAAUAUAUCACAGUCAUAUAAUUAAUGUAUUUUUAUCUUUUUCAUAACAUAAAUAAUUUAUAAACUGAAAUAUUUCAUUAAAAAGGUAAAUAUACAUUUAUAAUAAAAAUUAUUACGGUCACAUGAGGUUAAAUAAUCUAGAAUUAUGAUUUAGAGUUAAGUGUGAAAAUUUGGUAGUGAGUUUUAAAUUUUUAAAAAAGGUUGCUAGGGUGUGACAGAUUUGAUCCAUCAAAUUCCCGCGCAUAGCGUGUGCAACUUGACAUAUAGUUUAAACCUUGGUUUAAGACAUGAAGUCUACUAAUGUUAGUUGGUUUAUUCAUUAAACUAAUUUGGAUUUUCGUUUGAUCUAUUCUAUCGCCCAAUUCUAAAUAGCAUGUUAUUGUUGCCACUGGCCCAAUUCUAAAGAGACUAUCACGGGUGUUUUCAAAACCUCAAACCAACACUUAUAUAACAUUAAUGAAACGGAAGUUUGCCUUUGAGAGGCAGUGAGAUCCACGCGCUCAAACUUUCUCUCCCAAAUCUAGUUUUAUCUUUACGACAGGGUUCCGGUGCCGGUUCGUAUGGAGGUCUCCCACCAUCCCUUUUCCUUCGGACUUCGCUUUACAUGAUAGAACAGACGUGGCUCAGUCUAUCGGAGGAAUCUGGCUUCUCUCUCCGUGUGUCGGUGGAACCAUUGGUGCGGCGGUUCCCUAAGAGAGCUCUGGGACUCUGGUGACCAUGUCGGACCCUGCUAGUUGGUCAUUGGGGUCUUGGGGUUCAUCCCGAUUGUUGUGAGUUUGAUUUUUGUUGACGGCGGACCUUACCUAGUAGUCGCGGUUCGCUGGGAUCUGUAACCUCCGGUGCGAAAGAUGCUUUUUACCGGCAUGAUUGAAGACGUGUAGAUCCUCGGCCCGUGGGAAGGCGAGCUUCAACUGCGGCGGCUAGGGUUCUUGGGAUUCGGAUCUCCCCCUUGGGAACCAGCGUUGGUGGCCGUGGGACAGCUCCGACAGUGGUUAUACACUGAAGAUACACCAUCAACGAACCGUUCUGCUGGUUUUGGACACCCGGCUACGGCGGUUGUGGAUUUGGAAUCUACUGGAGUUCAAUCGGAGCGGGUAGUAAUGCCCUUUUGUCUUCUUUCCCUCCCCCAAUUUGUUCUCUCUUUGUUCUGAGUUGUUCAUUGUUGUUAGAUUUUGUUAAGCUUCUCCUCGUAAUCUAGGAUCUACCGUUUCUCGAUUUACAGGAAACGUCUUUGUUCUGAUGUUUCAUUUUCAAAGUAAAGAUAUUAAUGAAAUAUUUUAUUUAGAAAAAGAACAUUAAAGAAAAGUUGUGUUUUAGUUUAUGGACAGGUGUCGACACCAGAGAGCAUGACUUUUUGAGGUGGACAGUGACGUGGAUACCCCAGGAGUGAAGCAAACAUUUUUAUAUAUAUAUAGAUUAUGAAGUUUUGGGUUGAAGCCCGUAACAUCUUUAAUUAUAAGAUUUUUUAGAAAUUUUACGGUUCAUAUUGUGGAAGGUAACUUCUCUAUGGUAAAGAGAGACAACAUUUUAUGGAUAAAAUCUUGAUCCGAUUUAGAAAACAGUUAAACGAUUCUAUGUAUAACUGGAGGAGAUCUCAAACCGAAAUAGAAGGUUACUAGUGUAAAUCUAUCGUGGGAUGGAUUUUUGAUCUAAACACGCAAGGAUUCACUGUGGUCAAUUGCACCAACUGAUAGGUUUCAUGAUCCUUUCUCUCUAUUUCUCAGUGAACCGAUAGAAGAAUAACCUAGCUACGUUUGUCAAAAAUCAUCUCUUAUAUCGAUAAACCUUCUAGGAACGAAGACAGACAAAAAAAGUUCCAACAUUCUUGCCUCUAACAGCUUAUGAGACUUGCAACGUCACCUCCGGUAUGUAUCGCUUGACCAAGACACUUGAUAGAGUUAUCCAACGUCUAGAUUGAAAAAUAACAACACUUGAUAAUAAUGCUAAUACUUUUUACAUGUCUUAUAUAACACAUAUCAUGAUAGAUAUAUAGCACUGUAAUUUUGGUGAUAAUUAGUCAAACAUAUCAAUGCUUGGAUAGUUUUAUUAUAGAUAACAGCAGCCUCCUCGAGUGAGAAAAAGAGACAGUAAAACGAAUGGAGUUGAUGUCAUGGAUUAUUGCGAUGGAAUUUAUCCAUGUAUAUAAGAAUAUAUUAAUAUUUGAGAUAAGUGAAUGUCUUGCCACCAUCUCACGAGCUCAACACCCAAUUUAUAAUCGACAACUUGCAACGCACGUGCUUUAUUAUUUCAAAUAAAUAUUCACAUUUUGUGUGUUUAAUAAGACCGUAUUUUAGUGGUUAGGGCACUUUGAUUAAGUGGCUCUGCACUAAUAUGUUUUUAUCUUCCAACUUCCAACUUACCAAGAAUAUUUUGGUCACUCUCCUCAUGAUGUAUACGCAGCCAUCACUUACAUUCUUAUGUAUUUUGAACUAGUUGAUCAUAUUUAAAAACGAAUAUAUUGAAAUUUCAAAUCUCAAUAUGUCGUGUAAUCCAAUAUAUAGUUAGUAUUAUAUAUUGUGUUAAAAAAAGGUUAGUAUUAUAUACCAAACAAUCACUAUUGACUUGUAUGAUAUAUGGAUAGAGCACUCAAACAAAAUUGAACAUUUACAUUUCGCCUCCUUUUUUGAAACUCCAAAUUGUGGAUGUCAUCAGCAUCAGGUCAGUUUAUCCACUGAGGCAGGGCCAGGUGAGCUACUUAUAUGUUCGAUUAUAAACCUUUUGUCAAAAAAUGCUCGAUUAUAUAUAUCACAUUUAAACUCAAACUUUAUUCAAAAUUUGAUUUCAAACGCUUUCUAAACCGAAAAUCUUACAUAUGUAAGUUCUUGCUAGCUACUCUAUAUGAACCUCUUGUUUGUUUUUGAAAAAACUAAAAAUCUAUUGGUCAUCAAAUUUCAAAUACAAUUCAUAUUCUUGAAAAAAUGAAAUUUCGUUAUAUAUACUACAAAAGCUUCCCAUAUUUUUUUUUAAAAAAAAACAUUAAUACUACUUUACUUAACUUCCCCAUUUUAAAUAAUUUCUACUGUAUUUAUAUGUUUAAAUUACACUAGAUUUUGACCCGCGCUUCGAAAGCGCGGGUUUUAUGGAUUAUAUAUGAAAUUGGAUAUGAGAUAGUAUUUUGAGUAUAUUGUGUAUUAUUAUGUUAAAAAGUCGCAUUAUAUCGAAUACAAAAAUUUGUUUAAACUUAUAUACUUAUGAAUAAGUUUAUUCGAGAUUUUUUAUAUACACUCUUAUGUAACUCUUUCUUAAAUAUGAAAAUUUUACCCAAAUUUGAUAAACCAACCAAACCAAUACGAAAUACAGAUUGAGGUUCGGGAUUGGGAAAAAGUACCUAUUAGAUUUUUUUGGACCUGUGGGUCUCUAUUGGACUCUGGGUACCCAAAGUACCCAGAACAUUUUGUUCAUAUUAUGUAUAUUUGAGUAAUUCAUAUAUGUUAUCAAUAUAAAAAUAUUAUUGUAAAUUUUGGAUUCGCGUUUUAUGUUAUAGUUUCAGGUUUUGGGUAAAAUUUCAAAAUUUUGAAAAUAUAUUUAAAUAUUGGAUAUUUUUGGUUCUCGGGUAAGAUUUUGGUCGUUUAGAUAUUUAGUUAUUUCUGUUAUUUGUUUGAUUUUGGGUAUUUUCGUGUUUUGAUUUUUUUGGUUUUUCGGAUUCUUUAGAUCUUUUUGUCCUAAAUACUCGAACUAAGCUAGACUCAUUACGUAGCCAAAUUACAUAGUAAAUUUUACAGAUAAUUGAAUUAUUGAUUCAAAUUGACUUGGAACUAAAAGGAACCGAUCUGAACAAAAAAAAAAUUCAAAUACCUAGUUGGAUAUAAAUGUCCAAGACCCAAAGAACUUGGACCUGAAAGAAACCGAUUUAUAUUUGACCCGAAGACCCGAAUGCCCAAAUCUAACCAUCCAUUAUAUUUUUGUGCAUUUUAUAAAAGUUACAUUUGUUCAAUUGGUGAAACGUAAGAUUUAUUUGAAAGGUUUUUGGCUAAUUUAAUGGUAUAGAUUUGUAGGUUUUUUGUUGAGCAGUAAAAAAAAUAUUUGUUGGCUUUUUGAUAAUUUUAAACUUAUCUUAAAUACUAAAUUGUUAUUUAUCAAUAAAAUAAAAUUAACAUAAUAUAUAAUUUUUAAACUUAUCUUAAUUAUGAAGUUAAUGAGACAUAUUUGGAGAAGAGUAUAAUAAAGUGUACGUGAUAUUAUAUUUUCUUGAACCAAAUUUAUGAGAUCAUAUAUAUAUGGUAUAAUAUUUUUGUUUACAAAAAGAUAUGUGUAUAAUAAAUAAAAGCUUUGACUAAAUAAUUGUUAGAGAAAUUUAAGGUAAUAUAUUGUUUGUCCAAAUAUAAGACCAAAAUAUUAUUAGUUAAUGAAAGAAUCCAAACAACUUUUUUAAGUAGAUUUAUUAAAAAUCCUUCUCUUUUAAUAGUAUUGAUGUGUAGUUUUACAAAGAAAAAUACAGCACAUUGGGACGUUGCUAGCAGUGGAUACCAUGUUAUAUAUCGCUAAACGCGUGUGUAAUACCUACCAUCCGAAGGCAUUUGCAUCUUCACACUUAACUCAUUUAAGUCAUUUACAAUUAUAAAGUUUGCCUGAAGAUAUUUUCCAAAUUAAAUUAAGAAGUCGGCCGUUCACGUAAUUAAUCUUCUAAUCGAAAAUAGUACUCACCAAUGAGAUAUGACCACUAAAUUUUUGUACGACUUAAUGUAAUAAAAUACCCAUUAUGAACUUAAAAAAAUAUCAAUGAUCGAUGUAUUGUGCUAUAUAUAGCGCAACAUUCUUGUGCAAAAUGCAAUAUCUCAAAUACUUACCACAAAGCUAUAGACAAAAGAAAUACAAAAUAUACCAAAAUACAAAAAAUGGAAGGCCUUCUACGCUUCCUUGUAGCCAUAGUCAUCGUAUUGGCUUUAGCAUCUUCAUUUGUUUCUUGUUACGACCCAAGUCCUCUUCAAGACUUUUGUGUUGCCGUCGAUGGCGCUAAUGGCGGUAAUCUCUAUUUAAUGAUGUUUUAUCUCUUAUUUUCAGUUUUCGUGAACGGAAAAUUCUGCAAAGACCCAAAAUACGUGAAGGCCGAGGAUUUCUUUACUUCGGGUCUAAACAUCGCCGGAAACACCAUGAACCGCGUCGGCUCCAACGUAACCAACGUCAACGUCGACAGAAUCCCCGGACUCAACACCCUCGGAGUCUCUCUUGUCCGUAUCGACUUUGCCCCGGGUGGUCAAAACCCACCACACACGCACCCACGAGCCACGGAGAUCCUCGUCCUUGUUGAAGGAACGCUCUUGGUAGGGUUUGUAACAUCGAACCAAGACAACAACAGAUUGUUCUCGAAGGUUCUUUAUCCCGGGGAUGUGUUUGUGUUCCCCAUCGGAAUGAUCCAUUUUCAAGUGAACGUUGGGAGGACGAACGCGGUUGCGUUUGCUGGUCUUGGAAGCCAAAACCCCGGUACGAUCACAAUCGCGGACGCGGUUUUUGGUUCAACGCCUUUGAUUAUGCCGGAGAUUUUGGCUAAAGCGUUUCAGCUGGAUGUGAACGUGGUUAGGUUUCUCGAAGGAAGGUUUUCUUCUAAGUAUGAUCGUCAUUAUUAAUAAGAUUAAAGGAGUGAAUUAACAAAAGAAAGAUAAAAGGAAUGACGUGAAAAUGUAAAAUAUGAAUAAAUGGUGUGAUGUGGUAUGUAAUAUAGUGUGUGAAAAUUGAAAUAAAACAAUUAAGGCGGUAAACAUAAGUUAUUAAUUUGGUAAUAGAAACUGUGAACGCAUGAAAAUGAAGCCAAUCUAUAUACUAUAAAAUUAAUUAUUUUCUUUCUUUUGUGAAUAGCUAACAUCCAAAAAGGUAAGUUGGAAAAAAAUGUAAAAGGUAAAAUUCUCUACAGUUCCUUUUGAUCGAAGGAGAAAAUUUAUUCUCUGCCAAAGCAAUCCAUCUGUCCCCUUUCCAAGAAAUGAUGAACAAUCCUGUGACAUUGGUUUCUGGAGAGAUUUGACUUCUCCACUCAGUUUUUGGUUUACUAUUCGAGUCAUAACGUAAUUUUUGGUUUACAAAGUAACGCACAAUCCAGUUGAAAUACGCAUGCAAGAUCAUUUUUGAAUCCUGUUGAAAAUAAUCGCUUCUGUGUGUUGAUCGUAGACCUAUGAGUGUCACUACAUUGAGCACUGGUUACAAGAAAUGAAACUUAUGCAUCUUUUUUUCUGUGAAGUGUUUGAUUUAUCAAACUAAAUUGUUAGCAUUAGACUUAUCUGUGAAUUUGAGCUUAAAUAUUUGAACAGUCUUUGUGCCAAGAAACAUCAUUACAAAAACACAUUCUUACAAUUCACGAAGCAUGAGCAUACAUAAACAACUUUAUUUUGCCUUUCUUCUAGGUAUUUUCAAUUUUUAAUACUUCCUUUUGAACAUUUUUGAGUCAUUGAUUUGUAAGGUUUAAUCAAUAAUUUGAUUUUGAUCACAUUUUUUCAUGAACUCUAAACCAAAAUUUGCAUGAUGUCAAGGAAAUGAUGCGGAUCAAAAUCCAUUAGACCAUUUCAUCUCAUGUGAUGUCUAACAGUUAUCAUGUGAACCAAGCAUCAACUUGGAAAAAAUAAGAUGAACUUAAGAUUUCGUAUGUUUUCGGCAUUUGAAUGGAAAUUUUUGAUAGCCGCUUACAUUAUGUCCCCAAAAUAAUCUUUACAAGCUUAACAUGAUUACAGAAAUGAACUAUGAAUGCGGAUUAGCUAGCUAACAUGUUAAAAGGGCUCUUAACUCUUAAGUAUAAAUGGUAAAUUUUCUUCUUCCCAAUGUGAAGAGAUCUAAUCCUCCGUGAUUCAAAUUUGCUGGCUAAUUUAUGGUACCUAAAGAUAUGUGAAACUACAAUUUCUAUUAU